CAGAAGCUUUUUGGUCUACUUAUUAUUCUGUAGGGGCUGUCAUAGGGUUCCCAAUGCGCUGUGUUAAUAAAUACGGAGCUUUUAUUUACAUUUAAUUUACUUUUUUUUUUUGUAAAGACGAAAGUCUGGUGAAAAUGAGUCCUGGCGUUUUGUGGAUGUUGGUGAAUGUUUUUCUCGUGCUUGGUGUGUCUGGUGUUGGUACAGGUGAAGAGUCAGUGUUUGUGAAGGAGGGAGAUUCAGUCACUCUACACACUAAUAUUGAAGCAAAUCAACAAGAAACGAUGAGAUGGUAUUUUAAUGGCAAUCAAAUCGCUAUAAUCAAUGGAGAAAAGAGAGAAAUCUGUUCAGAGGAUGAGUGUAAAGAGAGAUUCAGAGACAGACUGAAGCUGGAUCAUCAGACUGGAUCUCUGACCAUCAGAGACAUCAGAAUCACAGACUCUGGAGAAUAUAAACUAGUGAUAAUCAACACCGGCAGCGUCAGUGACAAGAUCUUCAGUGUUUCUGUACAUGGUGUUUCUGCUGCUCAACGAGAUGAAAUGAAGAGAAAGUCAGUGAAGGAGAGAGAAUCUGUUACUUUAGAUCCUGGAGUAAUAAAAAACCCAAAUGAUGUGAUGAAGUGGUAUUUUAAGGACUCUCUCAUCGCUGAAAUCACUGGAGAUCAGAGGAAGAUCUGUUCAGAUGAUGAGUGUAAAGAGAGAUUCAGAGACAGACUGAAGCUGAACAAUCAGACUGGAUCUCUGACCAUCAUGAACAUCACAAACACAGACUCUGGAGAUUAUACACUACAGAUCAUCAUCAUCAGCAGCAACUUCAGUAUUAGCAGAAUAUCAACUGUAUUAACGGUCAUUGGUGAGUAUAAAUGAGUUAUUCAGUGCCUUUGCCCUCUAACUUUAGAAUAUAGACCAAAAAUAUUGUCAAGUUAAUGUUAUUUUUAAUUGUAUAAUAAAUAAUUUAGUUAAUAUAAAUGUAUGUA